AUGUUGCAGCUCAGACAUCCAGCUAGGCUUUUAAUCAAGCACAUCAUUAGGGAUGGCAAUGGCAUCUCCUUCUGGUGGGACAACUGGGCGCUUGGUGGUCCUCUCUGCACUAGAUUCUCUUCAGCUAUUCUUCUUGAUUUGGGCCUCAGUUUGGAUAUCAAAGUGCAGUAUUUCAUUGUCAAUCACAAUUGGUGCUUCCCACAUUCUCUACUAAGCUCAAUUCCAAAACUGUCAUCUCUAAUUCCUCCAUGCCCAUCUAGAAGUGACACGAAACGCUGGAUAGCCUCAUCCUCAGGCCUCUACAGCUUAAUGCACACAACGUCUUCUCUUGCAGGUCCUUCUCCUCUAGUUCAUUGGUUCAACCUAGUUUGGAAAUCCCCAACUAUACCUCGUAUGAAAUUCAAUCUCUGGCUCACAGCCCAAGCAAGGCUCCCAACACUUGACAGCUAA